AUUUAACAUGUUUGACACUUCUUGUAACUUAUUUAAUUUUGUUGCCAUUGGUUUCCUUAUCUUGUUUUAAGUUGGGUUGUGUAUUAAAUAGUAACGAAUACUUUAUAUAUUCUUGGUUUUUGGCCUUAUAAUCAAAAUGUAUUUGCCUGGAAAUAAAGAUAAUGUUUGAAGACUAGGGAUGAAGGUUUUGCUUAUCAUAUCUCUAACGUGGGAGCUCGAGGAAAUGGUACCGCCUGUGGAGAAGUGUAUAUUCAAGUUCAGUUCAAAAGAAGACCUGAAGAGAUGGCACCUGUAUUCUGAUUCUGAGUAUGGAGGAUUGUCUUCGGCUUCAUUGGAGAUUAAAGAUGGAGGAAAUGGAUCAGAUUGCACUGGUGUUUUCUCGGGGAACCUCUCUACGGAGAUUAGCGAAGGUUCAAAAUUGAGUAUUAACCGGAGUGGUUUCUGUGGAAUGCGCUCAAAGAAGUUUGAUGGGUUUAUUGAUCUCGACGGGUAUGAUUCAAUAGCCAUGAGGCUUAAAGGAGAUGGAAGAUGCUACAUCUCUACUAUAUAUACUGAGAAUUGGGUAAACUCGCCAGGACAAGCAGAAGAUAACUCAUGGCAAGCUUUUGUAUUUGCUCCAAAGGGAAACUGGUAUACAGCUAAGGUUCCUCUAACUCGCUACUUGCCAACAUGGAAAGGAAACGUGAUAGAUGCAGACAUGGAGAUGAAUCCAGGCCGUGUUGUGGGUAUGUCUCUGUCAGUUAACUCACAAGGAGGUGGUUUUAUUGGAGCUAAGUUAGGCGCAGGCGAGUUCAGAGUCGAAAUUGACUGGAUCAAAGCAUUGAGAAUGCCAUGAUGAAUAAUGCCGACAAAAAGAAACUGAAGUUCUCUGGUUUGGUUUACUUGUAAAACCGGGAUUUGGGUUAACCGGAUCGAAUUUGGUGGACAAAAGGAAAACGUUUGUGAAAUGACAACACUUACAAGUUACAGCAAGUUGUCUUGGCUUUAGUAGAACAUAAAAGUCAAUGAAUAAAAUUACAUGGGCCAUUUUAGGCAAG